AUGGCGGAUGGAAGACGAGCUGCGCCGAAAUGUAACCCGGAGGUUCGCAUCGGUAAUUACAUAAUCGGGGAAACACUUGGUGUCGGAACUUUUGGAAAAGUCAAAGUUGGAAUUCACAAAUCUACUGGGGUUCAAGUUGCUGUGAAAAUAGUAAACAGGGAUAAAAUCAAAGCUCUCGAUGUUGCUGGCAAGCUACGUCGCGAAAUUCUCAACCUUUGGCUUUUCCGACAUCCUCAUAUCAUCAAGUUGUAUCAAGUCAUUAGCACUCCAACUGAUAUAUUUAUGAUAAUGGAGUAUGUUAGUGGAGGAGAACUAUUUGACUACAUAGUGAAGUCUGGAAGACUCUCUGAGAAAGACGCUAGAAAGUUUUUCCAGCAAAUAAUUUCCGGAGUCGCCUACUGCCAUCGACAUAAAGUUGUGCACAGAGAUUUAAAGCCUGAGAAUUUGUUGCUAGACUCAAACCAGAAUGUAAAAAUUGCUGACUUCGGAUUGUCGAACAUAAUGCAAGACGGUGAGUUUCUGCGUACUUCUUGUGGAUCCCCGAACUAUGCUGCUCCUGAAGUAAUAUCUGGAAAGUUGUAUGCUGGUCCAGAAGUAGAUGUAUGGUCAUGUGGAGUAAUUUUAUAUGCGCUUCUAUGUGGGACACUUCCAUUUGAUGAUGAACAUAUACCUACACUUUUCAAAAAGAUCAAAGCAGGUUAUUUUCAUUUACCAGAAACUCUGAGCUCAGGUGUGAGGGAUCUUCUUCGAAGAAUGAUAACUGUGGAUCCGAUUAAGCGUGCAACCAUAGAGGAAAUCAGACGACAUCCAUGGUUCUCAGUUGAUCUUCCAGGUCAUCUUUUCCCGCAAGAGCGAGAUGAAGAUGCCUCAAUAAUUGACAAGGAAGCAGUCUAUGAAGUCUGUCAAGCGUGCAAUGCAACAGAACGUGAAGUGUUCGCUGCCUUACUAAACAAUGAUCCUAGUGAUCAACUAUCAGUUGCUUAUCACCUUAUCAUAGACAACAAACGUUUCGGAUCAGUUCUAAAUCCAGAAGAAGUGAAUAAUUUUUAUGUUGCUACUGGGAUUGAUUCAUCAUCUUCAGCAGCAUUAACAACAGCAUCAAACACAUCGAAUAGUCCUACUAGUGGUGGUACAUUGACUCAUUCUCAACCUGGUGGUGGUCGAAGUCAAUCGUUAAGUCCAAAUUAUGGUAACAAUGGUGGUAUGUUUGGAUUGAAAGGUAGAGGUAUUUCACCAACACGACCUCAUCCAGAAAGAAUGCCCGAUGGACCGCCGUUAUCGAAGACAUUAGAUCCAAUGGGUGAUUCUUCGACAACUGGGUCAACCGGUACAAGUGAUUUGAAUUCUACAGGUCAAGUUUCUUCUCAAGCUCAAUCGGCUAUUGCAGCAGGAGCUGCUGCAGCCAGUGGAAUGAAACGUUUUAAAUGGCAUUUAGGUAUACGUUCUCAAUCUAGACCAUGGGAUAUUAUGCAUGAAGUAUUUAAAGCAAUGAAUUCUCUUGGUUAUGAAUGGAAAGUUGUAAAUCCUUUCAAUGUACGCGUAAGAAAAUGGAAUCCAAUACUUCAGCAUUAUUCUCGACUUGUAUUACAACUCUAUCAGGUCGAUGCAAGAUCAUAUCUCCUUGAUUUUAAGUGUAUCGAUGAAAGUCAACUAGAAUCGGAAGCAGCAAUGGGAAGAAUACGUUCAAACAAUAUGUCAGUAUGCCUUGAUGCGUGUAGCGGAACUCCUCCAGCUGCUAUGGGUACUUCAACCUACAGUAGAGAUGGUAGUUUUUCUGGUAGCACUGGAUCAGCUAGUCCGACCAAUUGCCAUGAUAGUCCGAAUACAGCUGAAUUUUCUCGUUCGUUCUCAGUUAAUUGUCCUGAUGUACCAAUUAAUCGAAGAACUAAACGACAUCAAACAAUGGAAUUUUUUGAAAUGUGUACUGAACUAAUUACUACAUUGGCUCGAUGA